AUGGAUACUUCGGAUGGCUUACAUUUAUCACAGUCCACCUAUGAUGCUGACAUUUUAAAUCGUGUUGGCAUGUCAGAUUGCAAACCGAUCGAAUCUCCUAUCCCGUCUAAAACCUUCUCGGUUUCAGAUUGUCCCUUAGCUUCAGCUGAAGCUGAACACUUUCGUCAUCUGGUUGGCUCUUUGCAAUACUUAAUAAUCACUCGCCCUGACAUCGCGUACACAGUUAACAAGUUUUGCCAACAUAUGCAUCCACCGCUUGGAGAUGAUUUCAAACUACUUAAACGACUUAUUCACUACAUCAAGGGAGCUUUAUCAUUCGGUAUUCCCAUUUUUCCUGGCUUACUUGAGUUAACCGCUUAUUUUGAUUCCGACAGGGCCGGUGAUCCGACAUACCACAAAUCUACAUCAGGAUAUUAUGCGUUUCUUGGAGAAACUCUUAUUUCAUGGUUUGUCAAGAAACAAAUAAUUGUGGCUAGAUCUUCUACUUAG